AUGGGCACUCGUUUAGCAUCGCAGAACGGCCUUGAUCUGGAUUCUUUCACCAAGAAGCUGAAGCUACCCUAUAAACCUGAUUUGGAACAGUAUGACACAGGUGCUAUAGUACGGGUGAAACUUCGCAACUUCAUGUCGUACUCGCUCACAGAAUUUCACUUUGGCCCCAAAAUAAACCUGAUUAUAGGACCUAAUGGAACCGGAAAGUCCACUUUUGUCUGUGCCAUAUGUAUUGGACUGGCAGGAAAGCUUGAUUAUCUUGGUAAGAGUUCUAUGAAUUUGGAUCAAUUUAUCAAAUCGGGUCAAAAAGAGGCCAGUAUUGAAUUAGAACUCAAGGCUGCUGGGCAGUUUGAAACGGUCACAGUUGAGAGAGAGUUUGUAAGAAAAGGAAAAACAAGCUGGUAUAUUAACAAGAAGCCUUCGAACGAGGCUCAAAUCAAGAAAUUGCUGAAAGACUACAAUAUCCAGCUCGACAACCUGUGUCAAUUUCUGCCUCAGGAUAGGGUGGCAAGAUUCGCGUCACUCAGACCUGAAGAACUGCUCAAGGAGAUUGAACGAAUAUACGAAAACGGUGAGCUUCUGGAGCAGCAUAACAAAUUAAUAGAGCUCUAUUCUUUGCGUCAAGAAAGAAUUAAAGCUAUGGCAGACAUAGAGUUCCAGCUUUCAUCCUUGCGAGAAAAACGCAAAUCGUUGGAGGAACGUGCACAGCAAUACCAUGAGUAUCAGCUACUGGAGAAAGAGCUUCAAAAACAUGAAACAUUACGCCCUUAUGUUGAACUGAGUACCAAAAAGCAUGCUCGGGAGGAGUUGAAGCAGGAGGCAGAAGAAAUGAGCCAGAAAAUCAAGGAAUUUGACCAACGGAUCCUCCCAAUGAAAGAGAAACUACAACAAUUUCAGCGUAAUUUGGGCAGUACUGAGACGCGAAUAAACGAAUACACUUCUGCAAAAGAGAAAUACACCAAAGAGCUGCACCAGAGUUUGGAAGCUAUCAAGGAAGUUAACUCCGAUAUACAAAAACUGAACGAUCAGAGACUCUCAAUGGCAAUGGAUCUCGAAAUACACCGCAAGAAAUGGCAGCAAUUAUCUGAAGAGCUUGAUACCAUGACCCAGAAAUUGGACUCGCUUGAACUUCUUAGUGAAGAAGAAACACAGGAGCUGAGGGAUCGUAGAGCACUGAUUCAAGAUAAGCUUUUGGAAGAACAGGAACCAAUAGAUGGUCUGGAGACAGAGAAAAGAGCACUGAUGAGAAUCAAUGAACAACUAGAGACCCGCAUCAAGACGAGCGAGAGCAGUCUGAAGUCUAAGGACCGACUACUUGUUUUAGAUGCACACAGAUUUGGCAACAUAAUAAAGGCUGUCAAGCUUUUGAGAGAGCACCGGAAGAAGAUGAAGCUAGAAUAUUUUGAGCCCCCAAUUAUCUCGUUGACUGUCACCGAUGCAAAGUAUGGGCCCGCUUUGGAAAGGUCCAUUCGAUUCCAAAAUCAAUGUGCUUUCACUGUGCGCAACAAUGAGGACUACCAGAAAUUGGCACGCUUUCUCUAUAACGAACAUCCUGACAUUGGGCGCAACAUUGGUAUCCGUACCUUGAGUGAAAACUUUAGUUUUCAACCGCGCAUCCACAGGGAAGAAAUUAAGAAGUAUAACUUUGAUGGUUACUUGGUAGAUUUCAUUGAAGGCCCCAGGGAGGUGAUUCAAAUGGUAUGCGAGAAUGAUAGAAUCCACAAUAUCCCUGUGUCUCAUCGCGAUAUCGAUGCGUCCAUCAAAGAUACACUCUCUUACAAGAUCCGAAACGAGAACUUUCCUAUGAGCGAGUUUAUUGCUGGCGAGGCCUAUUAUUCGUUUAAUAAGUCGAGCUACGGGUCUAAACAGGUCACCGCGAACAUCAGAGGCUUCUCUUCAAGCCGAAUCUCCAUCUUCUCAGGCGGUUUACCGGAUGAUAAAAGAUUGGAAAUCCAACAUCAAAUCCAUGAGUGCAGGCACAAAAUAUCAGUAAAUAAUCAAACACUGGGGAAUCUUUUACAAAAGAUCAAGGAAAAACAAGGAAUGCUCAAAGAUUUGGUUAAGGAACGAGACGACUUGACUGCGAAAAUUAGUCGGCAGACUAGAGCAGAGAAGGAUAGGGAAAAAUAUGUCACCCACAUUGAAACAUUCAAAGACAGAAUGAGGGUCGAGAGAAAGGCCAUCAAUAAGAUAAAGCACAAGGAAAUUGAAGGAACUGCCUCAAAAUUGGUCACCAAAAUAGGCAAACUGGAGAAGAAGAAAAUUGAACUUUACGAGCUGAUUGAGCCAACCAUAUCAAAGAUAUGCGAGCUAGACGAGAAACUACUUGAUGCUCAAAUUUUUGCGAUCCAGGAAAACAACAAAUUCAGCACUAUCGAGUCCUUAAACGAAUCGAUCUUGACUAGACGCGAAGAAAUGUUAGAGAAAAGAAACGAGCUCAGAAACGCUUAUAUCAAAGCUAAGGAAGAAUACACUCAAGCUCUUAAAGACUACAAAGCUUUGCUAGAGACUUUUUCUGAUGAAGAUCGCUUAGAGCUCGAAAAACUGGUUGCCGAUCUUCAAGAAAGCGAAACUUUGACAGAAGAAGGUGUCAACGCCGAGAUCAGUAGAAUAAAAUCACAGAUGCGUUUACGCCGAAAUGGUGCGGGAGCAGACUCAUUGAAACGCCUGGAAGAGGUGGAGAAAGAAAUCCAACAAUACGAGGAGAAAUUGCCGGAAUUUGAUGUUGAUGUCGGUAUUCUUGAUCGACAAAUUAACGAUCUUGUAUCGGUAUGGAAACCAAAACUCGAAUUCGUGAUACGAACUAUAGCAAGAGAUUUCAGUGAGAAUAUGAAGGCCGUGGCCAGUGCCGGUGAUGUGCAGCUUGAUGGUGAGUCAGAAAACUUUUCGGAAUGGAAACUGAAAAUCCUCGUGAGCUUCCGGGAUAGCCAUGCCUUAAUGCAAUUGAAUGCCGCACAGCAAUCUGGAGGAGAAAAAUCCGCAACGACGGCUAUAUUCCUGAACUCUUUGCAGGGCCUUACGAAUACGCCAUUUCGUGUUGUUGACGAAAUCAAUCAAGGUAUGGACUCAAAAAAUGAGAGACUUAUCCACGAGUUGAUUGUGCGUAAAUCUUGCUCGAGAAGUGGCUCACAGUACUUUUUGAUCACUCCUAAAUUGCUCACAAAUCUCUACUAUGGCACUGGAAUGCGCGUACACUGCAUUCUUGCUGGAAGAUGGUGUCCCAACUAUCAAGAUAAUGUGGAAUUUCUGGAGAUGGGGGUCGCAGAUAAAUAUUUUUGA